UACUCUGACGGAGCGUCAGCUGUAUGCGUGCGCGUGCGCGUGAGGUUGUACGUGUGUUUAUUUAUUUCUGAGCAGAGCGUUUCGUCUUUCAGCCGGUGUAGGGAUUAAAACAGCAUCGAUCCAGAAUGAUCUGAAGUAAGAGAAGGUCGAGAGGGGCUGGGAUGGCGGUGUGUGCUCUAACUGUGCUUGACGGGCUCGGGGAGGAGGCCACGGCUUUGGGCGGCGUGGUCGUCCUGUUCCUGGCCGUGGUUCUUGCCUGGCUGUCUACCCACGUGGCCGACCGCGGAGAUCACAUUCUGGGGACCAUUCUCACCGUGGGCGCCCACGCCUCCCUCAUCGGCCUCGGGGGUCACGACAGCUACUCCAACCCCCCGCCCAGCUCCGAGCCCAGCGAGCAGCAGGACGAAGAACCCGCCGAGGAGGAGAAGCAGGAAGAGGGAGAGGCCCGGCCGGAUGGGGGAGAGGAUGUGCCUGGAGAGGAGCUGCUGGAUAUUCAGGGUGGGAGAAAGAAAGUCAGCUAUGUUCGGGGUGAUGAAAGAGAAGAGGGCAAGGAGGAAGGGACGGAGGAGGAGGAGGCAGAGGAUGAGGCCGCCAGUAUCACUGUGAGACUGAAGUUCCUGAAUGACACGGAGGAGCUGGCUGUGCUCAGUCCACAGGACACCGUUGGACUGCUGAAGAGUAAGUACUUCUCUGGCCGUGAACAUCAGAUCAAGCUCAUCUACCAGGGUCAGCUGCUGCAGGACCCUCAGCGCUCUCUCCUGUCCCUCAACAUCACCCACAACAGCGUCCUCCACUGUCACGUCUCUCAAGCCCAGGCCCUGCGCGAGGCGGCCGCAGAAGAGAGCCCUCGAGCCGGCAGGGGCUCCAUGCUCAGCGGGGGCCUGCGCUCGGCCGGCGUGGCUCUCAGCACAGGAAGCCUGGUGAUCCCCGUCUUCGUGGUGCUGCUCGCCGUCAUCUGGUACUUCCGAAUCAACUACCGUCAGCUGUUCACUGCCCCCGCCACCAUCUCUUUGGUCGGGGUCACGGUCUUCUUCAGCUUCCUCAUCUUUGGCAUGCACAGUCGAUGAGAAGACGGACGAAUGGGAGGAACGAUGCCAAUCUUUUGGGAAAGAGGAAAACGAAACGAUAGGACGUGAAAAUAAUCAAUCAGCGGUAGCCGAGAAAGUUCUCAGGGAGCCCUCGAGGGUCCUGGUGCCAUUUAGACGACCGAAGUCGUGCGUGUGCUGAGACGUGUGCUAGUGCUUUCAGCUUCAUUUGUGAGCAGCACAAAGUAACACCGCUAUAUAAUUUAGCUUCUUGGAGAAAAUAGCUUUAUAAUUAUUUAAUCUCAGCCUAAAGUGUAGCUUCUCUGUGUAAAGCGAAGUCAGGAGCCCAUGUCUGGCUGGGCUUUUCAUUUAGAGGAAUCGUCGACUGAUUGGUUUUUAUCAAUUACGCGUCUCAUCUUCACUGGUAAUAGCGCCACUAUCUUUUGCAGAAGCAGAAAACGUCACAUGUUCAAAAUCUCAGUACACAAAUAACAGGUGUGAUGUGCUAGUUAGAAAAAUAUUGAGACAUCAUUUUACUUGUUUAUGUUUUUUCUUUUGCCAGUGUCACUGAAAUCAGUAUUUAUUUCAACUUAACAUUCUGGUUUAGCAUGUCCGCUGCUAGUUAUAGGUCGUAGUUAUUUAGGACAUAAGAGUUUUUAUACAUGAAGGUUUUACCUGCAAACAUACUGGAGUAAAGAGGCUGUAGAAAUCCGCAUUAAUAGGCAUUUCAUAUGUGACACUGAUAACAAAGCAAAUGAUUUUUUUCUCCUGUGUAAAAUCUGUAUAUAAGCAAUGUAUUUACUGUAGAUAAAUCAAAAGGGCAUAGAGGAACCUUAAAGCUCUCUUAAGAAGUUUGGUGGUUCUUGUAUGAAUGGGUCACUUUUCUCAGUAUUGUCGGCAAUAUCUGCAUACGUUUUAGGGGGAAACCAGUCUACCUUCUCAUUCUCGCUAUAACUAGCGCCUCUUUAAUUCAAACGAUUUUUGGUUUUGCUUUGAUGCAGUAAUUCAGAAUAAAAUUGCUCAUCUUUCAGAAAUGA